CAGAAUACGCAUAUCAUCCUAAAAUAAGAAAGAUGUUAAUAUUUUAUGAAGAAAAGAACUAUCAGGGUCGCAGCUUUGAGUGCCGCAGUGAUUGUCCUAAUUUAACCAUUUACCUAAAUCAAUGCGGCUCCAUCCGUGUCUUGAAUGGAUGCUGGAUGAUAUAUGAGCGUCUAAACUACAUGGGAUACCAGUAUUUCAUAAAGAGGGGAGAAUAUCCAAACUUUCAAGAAUGGAUGGGUUUUAAUGAUACUAUCAGAUCUUGUCUAGCAGUUCCACAACAUGGGGGAUGUUAUCGACUGAGAUUGUAUGAACGAAAUAACUUUGGAGGCAAAAUGUUGGAGGCUGCGGAUGACUGCCCUUCAGUAUUUGACAGUUUUAAUCACCAUGACAUUCAGUCUUGCAAUGUGUUUGAUGGUUAUUGGAUUUUUUAUGAAGAACCCAAUUAUAGAGGACGGCAGUAUUACCUGAGGCCAGGAGAAUACAGAAGAUUCAGAGAUUGGGGUGCCAUGAAUGCCAGAGUUGGGUCCUUCAAGAAAAUCUUUUAGACAACAUUAAAUUGACAAUGAAUAAUAAAGUUCUAUGGUACCUAUA